GUAAAUUUUGUUUGCGGCGUAAUUAAUUGGAUUUAACCUAAAAACCACCAAAAUUCGGGAUGUCCAAGACGAGAUCCGGUCGCGAAGCAAGAGACGAUCAGGCGGACACCUCCACCGCCUCCUCCAAUGCCCCGCAAAUUGAAGAACCCGAAGCCCACAAGCUGUGGAUCCACUGCAACUCCUGCUGCGAGCUGUUUUGCAAAAAGAAGUCCAUGUUCUUCCUGCUCGCCUGCCACCACGUGUCCUGCGAGCGGUGCGUCAAGGUCGCCGCAGGACGCACGCCCAGCGACGCCCCCAUCUACACGUGCCCCGUCUGCAAGCGGAGCGUCCGUGGCCGCCAGGUGAACAACGCCAUGCCCAACACCUUCAAGAACUUCUUCCACCCGGAGCCUUACGCCCUGACCAACGACUUCCUCGAGGCGUUCCAGCGGGCCAACCACCGCCACUUGGACAAGCACAAGGAAAAGAAGGAAAAUGAAAUGGACAAAGUGCUUAAGGAUAUUGAACUGGUGAAAUCCGUGUGCCAGAAACGCUACCUGGAGUAUCAGAUGCUGCGCGUGGAGCGCAGAAGGAUGACUGAGCGGACACGGCAAUUGAAAGUGCAAUUGGCUAAUGAAAAGGCGGAAAGGCAAAGGAUUGCUCAGGCCAAGAUUAACCGCGUCAUGGCAUCGCAGAAACCCACAUCCUCCGCUCCUGACCGUGCAACCUCGCAAACCAACCAAAAACGACGCAGUUCAAAGGAAUUGGCUCGCAGUUCUUUAGCCAAAAGCAAGAAGGUCACCAGCUUUAGCCACCAGCCAAACAAUUCGUUUAAUCUAUAAUCUACAUUAGUAUUUA